AUGACUCCGCCUGUCUAUCCGACCCAACGCUCCGCCACUAUCGACUUCGGCGACCCAAUGUUCUUCCCAUCACGCAAUAAUUCGACUUCAUCCGUUGUAGAAACCCGGCGCUUGGAUACCACAACGAAGGGGUCUACCUCCCACAAGGCUAGUCUGGAAGGUUCUGGCAGCGACGAGCUUGUCGAAGGCUCUGGGAAAGAAGAUCUCGGUGCCACUGGUAGUCGAGAGCCAACCAAUCCUAGGUUUACCGUCCUCGAAAACGAAAUCAUGGGGCUACUUGGGCGACAUGGUCUUCCUCGUCGUGUAAUGCUUCGAGAACCUAAGGGGUCAAAGGAUGUACUAUGUGCUACUCCCACUGAGCGACCACUGCCACCAAUGCCACCCAUGGAGACCAACCACUCGCCGCGCUCAAGCUCAAGCACGAUUGGCGGAACCAAUCUUUGUCGCUCGGAGACUACUCGGGGAGGCGAUCAGAGGCACUCAGGCUGUGACCCAUUCCAACGGCACGUAUAA